AUGGUUAUUGAGAUGGUCAAAGGAGAGCCUCCAUACCUCCAGGAAGAUCCCUCAAGGCUUCGUAGUGGCUGUACCCACCUUCGGCCUCCUGCUGACGCUCAUCAUGCCGCUGUUCAUGCAGAUUAUGGCAGUGAGCACAGCCAGGUGCCCUAUGAAGGCCAGCUGAACACCAAGGGACCAGAAACAUCAGUUGCAGUGAGAGAGGAGGAUGAUGGGGAUGAAGAGGCUGCACUUCUUGUCAUUGGCCCAGGACCACCUCAUACAGAAUCAAUUACCACAGGGUGUGUAAAUGACCCCAUUCCUGCACCUGUUGGUGAUUCACAUGUUGACAGUGGUACCAAGUCUUCAGAAGAGCUGAAAAAGAAGACAAAUUUGACAGAUGAAGAGAUCAUGCAGAAACUAAGAACUAUUGUGACCAUAGGUGACCCUAUGAGAAAAUAUACAGGAUUUGAAAGAAUUGGAGAAGGGCUAUCUGGUACAGUAUUUACUGCUGUGGAUGUGUCCUUGGGAAAGAAGGUUGCCAUAAAGUGGAUACAAUUGAAUAAGGAGCCACGAAAGGAUCUGGUCCUUAAUGAAUUAUUCAUAAUGAAGAACCUGAGACAUCGAAAUACAGUACAAUACAUAGACAGUUACCUGUUAGGAGAUGAUUUGCUUGUAGUCAUGGAGUACCUUUCUGGUGGGCCACUUACUGAUGUCGUCACAGAAACUUGUAUGGAUGAAGCACAGAUUGCUGCUGUGUGCAGAGAGUGCUUACAGGCAUUGGAGUUUUUACAUGCUAAUCAAGUGAUUCACAGAGACAUCAAAAGUGACAAUGUCCUUUUGGGAAUGGAUGGAUCAGUGAAACUUACCGACUUUGGUUUCUGUGCUCACAUCACCCCUGAGCAGAAUAAACGCACUUCUGUGCUUGGAACACCUUGCUGGAUGGCACCAGAAGUGGUUAGAGGGAAAAGUUAUGGCCCUAAAGUGGAUAUCUGGUCUCUGGGUAUCAUGGCUAUUGAGAUGGUCGAAGGAGAGCCUCCAUACCUCCGGGAAGGCCCCUCAAGGACUUUCGAACUUAUAAGAGAAAACGGAAUGCCAGAACUCCCAAAUGUAGAGAAAAUUUCCACAGUAUUUCAUCAUUUCUUAACAUCAUGCUUACAAGAGGAUGUGGAGAAAAGAGGAUCAGCCACAGAAUUAUUACAGCACCCCUUCCUGAAAAUGGCUAAGCCGUUAUCUUCAUUGACACCACUGAUCCUGGCAGCUAAGGCACAAAAGAGGAGUCGUCAUUAA